GUACAUACCUGCACAUCGAUACACUGUGACUGUAGACUACAUGUACCUGUCCUUCUUGGUUUGUAGUACAGCUUUCGGUGAAUAAAUAACAGCAACCGGUUAUAUCACACAGAUGUGUAGUCCAUCUGAAAACAACAAUGUCAGGUUAUAGAAAAGAACAUUCUCAUGCAGUGACAUCUUCAGUAAACUUAAGCAUUACUGAUUUACAUGAAAAUAAGAAGAUAGCAAAGAAGAAAAGGAAGGAAAGGUCUCCAAGCACUACAUCAAGCGGUAGUUCCAGUGAUAAUGACUUGUCAAAAAGCAUAAGUUCUAGGGAUAAAGGCAGAGUGAGACAGAGGAAACCCUCAAAAAGAUCCCACAGUUCUAGUUUCAGUUUAAAGGAAAAGGAUUGGAAAAAGAGGAGGUCAUGCACACGCAGCUUAAGUUCCAGUUCUUCAUCCCUAGAUAGAAGUACAAACCUCAAAACAAUAAAUGCAAAAGAGAGUAAAAGAAAACAACCCAACUGUUCUGAUAGGUCUAGUUUCAGCUCUUCAUCUAAUGAAAGAAGUAAAAUUAAAAAGAAGAAAAAGACAAGAAAAAGGAGCAAAGCAACCACAUCCGAAAGUGACUCCUCUUCAAGUGAGCAUAAAAAGAAAAGAAAAAACAAAAAGAGGAAAAAGCACAAAUCCAAAAAGAAGAAAAAAUAUAAGAAAAAGAAGACAUCUAAUGUGUUAGAUCCCAUAGUAGCCAAAGAUGUAGUGGAAAACAUAAAAGAAAUGAUUGGACCAAUUGGGCCAACACCCCUUGAGGAGAAGAGAGAUAUUAAACCAAUGACCAAGGAGGAGUGGGAAAUAAAACAAAACAUGGUGAGAAGAAUCUAUGACCCAGAGACUGGAAGGAAUCGUUUAGUAAAAGGUGAUGGUGAAAUUGUUGAAGAAAUAGUCAGCAAGCAACGUCAUCAAGAAAUAAAUAAGCAAGCAACCCUUGGUGAUGGUACAUACUACGCAAGCAAAUUGGGAAUCCACAAGCACUGAAGACGGGGGGAAAUGAAAACAGUACAAUGUGAAACAUGCAAGAAUGGACUUAAUGUUGACCGUCAAUUAUCUGCAAUAAGCAAUGUUUUUCACCCCCAUUCUGCAUCACUUUUUUUUGGACAAGCAACACACUUGGUAGCCGUUGUCUGUUAGAGCAGCGGCCUGUGCUAACAUGAAAAGAGGAAUUUUAUAAAAAUAAAUGGUUAAAAACGUAAAGGAGUUCUUUAGCUCAGAUGAUCAAAUUGAAACACACCAGGAAAUGACACUCUCAAGAUAACCUGUCUUCACUUUGUAUAUUUUUGGUCAUACAACCAAUUUGAAAACAUCAUCAACAUAAAAAGAAGAAACUUGGAAAGUAAGAUUUACUUUUAUUUGCAAGUUAUUGAGUCUCUUGACAAAUAUGAAAGACUGACCAAAAAGAAGUAUUUGCAAGAGCAUUCACUUAUGAUAACUUCAGGUGCUGUUAUAUAAAAUUUGAUUACAAAAUUA